UCCUUUUAGAAUGUAGUCAGCACUACGUAGGCAUAACAUCAUUCCCAACUCCAAUCUUGAAUUUUUAAAAGCCCACAAUCUCAGAAUUUAAUUCGCUACUUUGAAUCUGGCCAUCAUCAUGUCAUAAUACCAUUCAACAUUAAAAUCUUAAUUUACCUUCCCCGUGUAUUUGCGUUUAUAUAUAUAUACUAUACUCUUCUCUUCCAAAUAACAACUCAAUUCAUUCACAAACAAAAUGGCUAGUAUUCAGGUUGUUGCAAUUUCUGGUUCUCUCCGAAAAGCUUCUAACAGCACUGGUCUCAUCCGUUCUGCUAUUGAGCUGAGCAAAAAUGUGGUGGAGGGUGUGGAUAUUGAAUAUGUUGAUAUUUCAAACCUACCAAUGUUGAACACUGAUCUUGAGAAAGGAGAGACUUUUCCAGUUGAAGUUGAAGCAUUUCGCCAAAAGAUUCUUGGGGCUGAUAGUGUUCUCUUUUCUUCUCCUGAGUAUAAUUAUUCUGUCUCAGCUCCACUAAAGAAUGCAAUUGAUUGGGCAUCAAGACCACCAAAUGUUUGGGCUGGUAAACCUGCUGCCAUAGUGAGUGCUGGAGGAGGACAUGGUGGUGCAAAAUCACACUACCAUCUCCGACAAAUCGGAGUCUUCCUCGAUCUUCAUUUCAUCAAUAAACCCGAGUUUUUCAUUAACGCAUUCCAGCCUCCAGCAAAAUUCAACAGUGACGGUGACCUGAUUGAUGAAGAUGCCAAGAAUAAGUUGAAGGAUAUUCUUUUAUCCUUGAAGGCAUUUACCCUGCUACUACAAGGAAAAAAUUGAAACAACUUUGAGUAACAUACAUUGUUUGAAAUAAAAUAAGCUUUGGAUUUUUCAGUCCAUUCCUUUUAGAAAUUUCAUUAAUAAAUAUUUUAGUGUAAGUCAUGAUUGAUAUUCUGUUACAAAAUAUAUUUGUUUUUAUUUACAUAUGGUUUAAUUUACAAUGUUAUGUUCAAGUUUGUUAACAUUCCAUGCUUUGAGAUAGUAGUCUUGUCACAUGAUUCAUGUUGGUAGUAUUACAUAUGUCCUUUGGCUUCUCCAA